AAAUGAGGACAGACUAGGAAAUCUCAAGGAGAAGGAACAACAUGUAUUAUGUAAGGGAGACAGAACGAGCGAGGGAGAGUGAAAUAAACAUAUUCAAAAAGAAAAAAGGGGAGGGUAACAGUGACUGGAAGGUAAAGAGCCAGGGAGAAAGCAAGGAAAAGAGAACGGAAUGAGUAAGGAGGAGCGAAAGAAAGAAAAUCAAACAGGAAGGUUUAUUCUAAGAGCUACAGAAUUCUUACAUGCACAGUGAUAGUAAGAGGGGAUCAUUUAGGGUAUACUAAGGCAGAAGAAUAGUUUCUUUGUCUUUUAGCAGGGAAUUCAGUGCAUUGUAGCAAAUACAAUAAAGGAAGGAGAUCUGUAAAGGUUUUCUCUUUCUCGGAAACUAGCAGAUUUUUCUUAUUUUUUUCCCCCCUUCCAACCUGUGUUUGUGUUGAUGGGGAUCUAGCUGUCUUCCAGCAUUCGGGAGAUGAAGGGAUAACCAGCAGCAGAAUGCCAGAAUUCAUUUGGAGAUCUGUGUUAAUCCUUCAGGCAAGCAGUGCUAUAUACACCGCAGCACAGUUCAGCCCAGCCAAGACUUAUGAAGAGUGGUGGGCAUAUAAAGAGGCCGUCCAGGGGAGUUUUGUGCCAGGUCCAGCAUUCUGGGGUCUGGUGAACUCUGCAUGGAAUUUAUGUACCAUCGGCAAGCGACAAUCACCGAUUAACAUUAACACCAGUCAAAUCAUCUUUGACCCUUUUCUGCCCCCAUUAAGAGUGAGCAUGGAAGGAAAGCAGGUCAGUGGAACAAUGUAUAACACAGGGCGGCAUGUUUCAUUUCGUCUGGACAAGCAACAGCCGGUUAAUAUUUCAGGCGGUCCGCUGUUGUAUAAUCAUCGUCUGGAUGAGGUGAUGCUGCAUUUCGGCAGUGAAAAUGGGAUAGGCUCAGAGCACCUCAUGAACAAGGAAGCUGCAGCUGGAGAGGUACAGCUGAUUCAUUAUAACCAGGAUUUGUACAGUAAUGUCAGCGAGGCAUCCCGCAACCCCAAUGGCCUGGCUAUAAUCUCUUUGUUCGUGAAUGUGGCGGAUAACUCCAAUCCAUUUCUCAACAGGAUGUUGAACAGAGAAACCAUCACAAAGAUAUCUUUUAGAAGUGAAGCUAAUUUCAUACAAGAUCUCAGCAUUGAAGAACUGUAUCCAGAGUCAUUUGGCUUUUUGACUUAUCAAGGUUCUAUGACCAUACCUCCAUGCUAUGAAACUGUGACUUGGAUUAUAAUAGACAGACCUCUGAAUAUUACUUCAGUGCAGAUGCACUCUUUACGUCUGCUGAGUCAGAACCAGCCCUCGCAGAUCUUUCAGAGUAUGAGUGACAACUUUCGCCCAGUGCAACCUCUUUUUCAUCGAGGAUUAAGAGGGAAUCUUGAUUUCCGCAAACCGGGACGGAAGUGCAAGGGAGCAAACUAUAAACUUUAUGUUGACAGACCUUCUUCUUCUGUGGAUGGAAAUUGAGACAUUCCGAUAACCUCUGUCCAGCCAGCAAAAAUGCCAAAUUCACUUUUGUGAUAUGGAUGGAAAAAGUUGCAAUAUUUGAUCAUGUUUCCCAUAGGAAUUUUUUUACAACUUUAAUAAAGGGGACAACAGUUCACACAAAAUAAACAGCAGCACCGGCACGGAGUGAAAGGUUCAUGAGAGAGAAACUAAUUCCAGAAACUCAAUUAUCAACUGCUAAUUUCCAUUCCACAUUGGGCUUCCUGUCUCUGAAAUAUUUUAAGAGGAAAAAGUGUAAUUCCGAACACAAGUACUGAUGAAUUAUUCAACGACAUCCUGGAAAUACAUUGAAAUGAAUAUCUCCCAAUAACUGCUUAUUGGAAGUGCAUACUGUGCUGUAUUUUACUGGAUUUUAAUCAUUAAAAAUGAACUUGUCUGCGUUAUCAAGCAUGUGAUGUCAUCUGCUGAAAAGCUGGUGAUCAGCAGGUGACAGUGACAGUAUGGCAGAAAAAAGAGAUAGAUAGAUAGAUAGAUAGAUAGAUAGAUAGAUAGAUAGAUAGAUAGAUAGAUAGAUAGAUAGAUAGAUAGCAGGUUCAGAUUUAGGGCCUAGGAAUGAAAAUGAGCAAAGGCCUGUUGUGAGGAGCAGAGGAGGUUAUUUUUUAAGUGGAGGCCUGGAGCUGUAGUCCCAUCUGCCCGACUGUUUAUCUGGGCCUGACAGAUGGACAGAGAGACAGAUAGACAGACAGAUGGACAUAUAGACAGAUCUAUAGCUCAAUAGAUUAUAGAUAAAUAGAUAAAUACAACAGACAGACAGACAGACAGACAGACAGACACACACACACACAUAGAUAGAUAGAUAGAUAGAUAGAUAGAUAGAUAGACAGACAGACAGACAGACAGACAGACAGACAGACAGAUAGAUAGAUAGAUAGAUAGAUAGAUAGAUAGAUAGACUGAUAGACAGACAGACAGACAGACAGAUGGUCAAGCUACAUUAUUAUGACCACCUAUUACAUUUGAUGUUGGCAGUGUGUAGCCCUUGAUAUAAGGUGUGCGUUAGGCCGUCUGCACACACAUCACUCAUUGUUGUCAUGGCUAAAAGGGGCGAUUUAUCCGAGGUUGCACAAAUGGAUGAUUAGCAGCUUUCCCAAGGGUUUCAUUAUUUGUGAAACAGCGCAGUUUGUGAACUGUUGGCGUGCUGCUGUGGUGAAGGUGUAUCGUGACUGGACAAAUGGCACCAUUACGAAUAACCGACAAGGAAACUGCAAAGCACCACGUGCCAUGGAUGUGAGAGGUGAACGUCGGCUACAAAGGUGCAUGAGGGCUGAUCGCACACUACAGUAGAGCAGCACACCAUCAAAAUAAAUCUGGGGCUACCAGGCAUGUGUCUAAAAUUACAAUUCAGCUGCUGUCAGUGCUGCACACGGCGGUUACUCUGGAUAUUAGCUGGUGGUCAUAAUAAUGUGACUAGACCAUGUAGAUAGAUAGAGAGAUAAAUAGACAGAAAGAUACAGUAGCUUCAUAGAUAAUUAGAUAAAGAAGUAGAUAGGAGAGAGAGAUAAAUAGAUACAGUAGACACAAAUAGAUAGAUAGAUAGAUAGAUAGAUAGAUAGAUAGAUAGAUAGAUAGAUAGAUAGCAGGGACGUGCUGUGUGGUAAAUGGCUCAGGAGGCACUAGCUAGUACCAGUGCCAGAUUUGCAAUAUAUGAGUCAGAGGGUUCCUGUGGGCAUUAUACACAGGUGCAGCAGUAUAUACAGUACUGCCGGAAAUUUGGUGAGUUUUGAUCAGAGAUGUGCGGAAAAGGUGCUGCCUCACCUGUCAUACACUUUUUACUCCAGAGUUUUGAAUAUGCAAAUUAUUAGAAUAUUACAUAGAAGAUAUUUAUAAUAUAUUCUUUGCAUUUUUGAUAUACUCUAUAUGGUCAAUACUCUGGUUUAUACGUUAGUAUGACAGGAAAGGCUCUACCUCACAUGCCUCGCCCCACCUCACAUCACAGAUAGACAGAUAGAUAGAUAGAUAGAUAGAUAGAUAGAUAGAUAGAUAGAUAGAUAGAUAGACAUACAGGCAGAUGGAUAGAUAGACAAACAGAUGGAUGGAUAUAUAGACAGACAGCUCCAUAGAUAAUUAGUUAAACAAAUAGAUAGAUAGCGGUGGUGGGUCCUACUUACUAAACGUAGGGGGACUACCACUACCCCCGUCCCUUGAGAGAAGAGUUGACAGCCAGCCCCAGGUCCUGGCAUUUGCACAAUGGAUCUGGCAAACCCCCAGCUUCUAUGGACUGCAUCAAUUGUAGCCCACAGAAGCCGGGCAGGGCUGACGAGGCAGGAAGCCAGCUCUCUGCUUAUCGCAGCCUGGUCUGGCAGUCCCAGAUGGAGGAAACACCUCCCAAUGUGACUGCCUUGUGUGUUUGUGACUGACAGCUAGGACUUCCAAUACAUAGAUAGAAAGAUAGAUAGAUAGAUAGAUAGAUAGAUAGAUAGAUAGAUAGAUAGAUAGAUAGAUAGACACUAUGAAACAUUUUAUUUUAAGAUCUAAAAGCUACAUCAAAAUCAAGAAUUAAAAUGUUCAUUCUUUUCUGGCUUUUAUCACAGUUUGUAAGAUAAAACAUAAGGAUAGAUUUUGUGGUAAUCUUUAUGAAUUGCACUAGCUGUACAAUAUUCUGCUAAACACAUGGCAAGCAUUAUAAUAAAUCUAUCCUUUUGUUAUCUGAGUAGAGAAGCUGGUAGUGCAGCUGCUGAUCACCGCUAACAUUCCAUAAACAUAUGAAUCGUAUUUUGCACACUUGUAGGGAGACAAUAAUUUGAAAAUUGAUCUCACAGCCUUUUAUUUUCAGUUUUAAUGUAACAUAAAUAUUGAUAGCUUUUCAACAUUAAUCCUCAGAGGUGGGGAAAUAGUUGUUUGAAAAGAAUAAAGUAUUCUAAAAUACAAACACAUUCAAACACUAGCAAAGCGACGUCACAAUAAAAAGAACAGAUACAAUAAUGGAUCUAUCUUCUAUUUGUAAAAAUUUCCAGAUGCUUAGCCCACCACUGCAUUAACAUAAUGCAGUCAUAAUCAAGAAUCAGGGACUGGGUAAUACCAAUGGUGGCAUGACUGGUGCUACUACCCAGACUGCAAUGCCAGUAUGGCAGCACAACUGACUGUCGCUGGUACAUGAAGAAGCUCUUGGCUCUGUGUCCCCUUCAUCAUUGCUGUCAGAAGAGAUAUGCUAGACAGAUAAAAUAAUAGCAGCCAGAUGAGCCUUGCGGUUAUGUAGUAUGGAGUAUCCAUGGUGCUGAAAUGCCAGACAAGUUGAGAAGAUUUCUAGUAGAGGGAGAUUAUUGAGGUCACUUCUAGUUGAAGGAGACAUGUUGUUGAGGUGACAUCUAGUUGAGGAAAGGAAGUUCAUUUCUAACACAACUAAUGAAAAUAUUUCACCCACAUACUAUUUUAGAAUUAUGCUAAAUUGACCUCUUGCACAAUAGUAUGUUGAGUGGAAAAAUAAAGAUGUAUUAGGUAGACUGGAACUGUACACAGGUGUGCAAUAACUUUUUUUUAAAAACUUUGUAAAACUAAAACUUUGUAUAAACCAAUAGACCAGCUGCCAUAGAGUUGGAUAGAAGCCUUGUCAAAUAGAAUUGACAGCCAAAAAUAUGUUUACAUGAAAACAAAUAACAGUGCUCCUUUUUGAUAGAUCAUAUUUUAGGCACAGUACUUUAAUAAACUAGUAGAUAAAAUAAAAUUUUAAUUCACUAACCUAAAGUCAGUUUAAAAAUGAAUCAAUGUUCCUAAGCUUCAUUAUGCAUGCACAUUAUGCAGUGUAUUACAUUUUGAACAUUAAAUUAUCAAGAGUAUUAAAUAUCUCUGUUCUGUCCAUCAAUAGGCCAUCAGAAGGUAUAUCCAAGUAAUCAUAUUAGUGAUGAAGGAAUAUUUAUGCAUUUAAAUUCUUUAACAUAAUAACUAUUAACAACUAAUCUGAUAAUUGUAAUUGUGGUGCUAUAAUUAUGCAGUUGUAGGACAAUUUUCCAAAGGAGGGAGGGUUACUGAAGAUGGCUUGGAACUGGGGAUCUCCAAAAUAAUACAAUUUAAUCAUACCAAGUUGGAAAAAGAAGAAAGAUUUGCACACAUGAUGCAAUGAUUCCUUUAUGAUUCCAUAUGUCACUGAUUACAAUUUAACAAUGGAAUGAAACAAAAACACUUUAGUAGAAGGUGAAGGUAAAACAUGUAUUGCAAGGGACAGCACAUUCACAAAGAUUAUUAGGGAUGAAUUUAUCAAUCUUCUAAAGAGGACCAGCACAGAUGCUGCCAGUAGCAAACAAUAAAAUUCCAGCUAUCAUUUAUCUAGUACAUUCUAUAAAAUUAUAGCUAGGAUUCUGAUUGGUUGCUAUAUGAACAAUUUCAUGAUAAUAUGGACACAGGGGUCUAUUCAAUUGAAGUCGGAACUGCCAUCUAUUCAGAAAGAAGGCAGUUUCCGACUUUUUUAGGUCGAAUCAUGAUUUCACUUAAUCAAAGGGGAUGUCGUUUUUCCAACUUGUCGGCAAUUCCGACUUGUCGGAAAACACAUGUAUCAGUGGAUUGGCCACGGAUCCACGUGUUUUGUCAGAUUUGCAGCCAAAUCCGAUAGGUUUUAGUCCCGUUUUCGACAAUGUCAAUCCAACUUUAAAAUUAAGUUGGAUUGACAUUGUAAAAAACGGGCAAAACCAGAUGUAUUUGCCUGCAAAUUGAAUACUGCAUUGUCAGAUUCUCUCCGUCGGAGAGAGGAUCCAACAUGAAUUGAAUAGACCCCACAGAGCCUAAAGCAUAAAAGUCAAUACAAGUACAAGAUGUUGAAAUUAUGAAUCAGUUGGAGUGCUCUAUCUUGCUAAUAGAGGAAAAUAAUUGGAAUUUAUCUAGUACUUCAUAAUUUAUUAGGAUUCUUUAAAUUAUAGGCGUUCACUAAAUAAAAACAAUUUUAUGGGCAGGCUUUCAUUCAUUUGCAUUUACAAUUCAAUGAAAAUAUGUGUUUACGUAAUGGAAAUAUGGCAAUUUAACAGCCAUAAAUAAUUCUCUCUCCAUGAUAUGGUUAAAUUAAAAUGUACAACAGUACAGAUAAUUCUGAAAGAUGAUGUUACCAAAAAUGUAAAGAAGUUUGAUUAAUUAUCCAGAUUUUGAGAUAUUUCCUCAAAAUUCAAGUUUACCAAGCUCAUUACCCACUUGAUGAUUCUGUUAUCACAGCAUGGUAAUUCGGUUACUUUAUUAACAAAUGCGCCCAGGUUACAUAAAUUGUCAUAAGUUUACCAAAUUUAUAUAGCUGUAUUCCCAGGAUGUCCCCAUCUUCCAAUAAAAUUGUGAAAAUCUAGAGUUAAUUUUUGAAAGCUGAAUUUUUAAAUUUUGUGUACAUACACAUUGUAAGUUGUAACAUGUUUCAUAGAUGGUGAUUCCAAUACUGACUUUGAAAGUAGGCUGAUUUAUUUAUCAAGGAUAACUUACAGUACACAAGAUAGCACUUAAGCUAUUUUGAUAGUGUUUUAUAUAGGGUUUAUUAUUUAUAAUGAAUAGUUAAUAAGUGUGAAAAUGAGAUUCCAUUACCAGUGGUAUUGCCCAUAUGCAGGAUCCCCAAUUGCCCUCUUUAAACAGUUUGUUAAUUUCCUCCUUAAUCAUCGUUAUACAGUCACCAUGUCACCAUGUACUAGUGCUCAGGAAUCAAUGCAAAAUUUAUUAAAAUACAAUAUCUAAAAACAUAUAUAAAUUAGAAAUCACAUCCACUGGCCGGUAAUUAGAUUUCACAACACUGCAGCUGGUACUGUGGCCAAUAUAUAUAUAAAGCAAUGUCAAUUCCACAGCAAAUAUGACAAAUAGAGCAAUUCUUCUUUAUAGCUCACUGAUUUAAAACUUGUUGAAACACUAUAGCAAAAUAAGAAUUUACUUUGUUUCAUAUAUGCUGCUUUGGAUAAUCUGUUGUAGAUAAUUGGAGACACUGCUGAAGUGAUCAGUAUUAGAGUCACCAUGUAAGAUCAUCUGUAUUCAAUGUCCAGAGGAAUCCAACAUACAGACUUAAUACACAAAUUUGUAGGUCUGGCCAGACAGCCACAGUCUCACCACUCCUGCUGCAACUUAGUCUUACCCGGCUUCUGGUGCUGUUUAACCUUUUGUAGUAGACAUCUCUGGGAGACUGGUAGACGAACAGUUUUCCGUGCUGCAGACUACUAGAUGGAGACUCUCCAACACAGAUGGUGUGUGAUCAAUGGAAAUGAGUCUUGACAUGUUUCCCCUCCUCAAGGUAUCAGCAGCUUCCUCGAAAGUGUCUUCUUUAACUUUAAUGUUAAACCAGAGCUGGACUUAAUGUCUCUGUAAUACACAUAAUGCCAUGACAUUCAAUUCAUCCUAUGUAGUUUACAAACAAAUUACUAACUGUAACUUAAUUGAAACUUAGCAACAACUUUUUAGUAAAUUCUAAAUAAUCAGUUCAAAGAUAGUAACUACACUAGAAACCUAGCCCACAUGUCAGUAUGUCCUUAACAUUUAUUUUCCCAUGUAUGAGGGUGUUUCAGGAUAGGCUAGGAGCUGUAUAUUAGCAAGAAAACCAAUUAGAAUUCUGAGGGUUAAAGGAGGAGCACAACCCAUAGGGUUAAAUCUUGUUUAGAAUAGUCUAUCAAUCCCUGACCAUUUUGGAAAUGUAUUAAACCUUCUUAAGAAAACAAGUGAAGGUGUUGCCCACAGUAACCAAUCAGAUUCUAGCUAUCAUUUUAUAGAAUGUGCUACAUAAAUCUGGUGGGCAACUCCUCCUCUUGUCCUCUUUAGAAGGUUUGACACAUCUUUCCCCAGUCUUUACCUCACCACUCAACUAAUUAUUUGUUACAUUGCAAUGACAACAUGGGGAUAUCCACUAGUAGAUCCAUAUAAUUGAGCUGAUGAUCUCAUGUAGCCAAAAACUUAUAUAUGCAUUUUGACGCAAUUGUAUCAACCUGCCGUGAACUAAACCUGUUGACAACAUUCAUUAUCUUACCCCUAAAGAUUAUAAGGUGCAUGCAACUAUCCAAUGAAAUAUUACAAGUCUGCUGUAGAUAGUGGAGGCAGCAAUUGUAUAGAUUAAAUUAAUAUUAAGGAAAAAGCAACCUAUCAACUCAUUAGGAACCUUUGCCUCACAACAAUUGGCCAAUAAGGUCCUCAGUAAUGUGACUGAGGAAGGAAACAUGUGAGGGUGGUGGCUCUGAUUUCCUAGGAUUGAGCUUGUCUUUGGGGCCCAGCAGGGAACAUCUACUGUAGGGGAGGAAUGCUCCCACCAAGGUGUACACUGGAACACAUUUAUAUCCAUAGUUACUAGCUUUCAUAAUGGGUGUGGCUAUGCUUACAUGUUUGCCCAUGCUCCCUCUAGCAACGGGCCAACAAUCUGUCUUGGUGGUCAUGGUGACUGGUUCCUGAUGAACUGAGUAGCUGCAAUCUCAAGAAUUUUGGCUCGUCCCACAAAAUAUCUGCCUGUAGUACUGUAAGGCAGUGACUUUUUUUUCUUUUCUUUUCUUUUGUUACUGUACUGUAUAUACUAUUUGUAAUUUGUUACAUACUUCAUUCUCUAUGGUACAGAAUAUAUAGGAAAUUUAAAAAAUAUUUUAAAAAAAGAAAUGUGUCAAUCUGUUUUGAUUAACUAUUUUAAUUAUUGUUAAGUGAUUUGCAUGUUUACAUCUGUCUUUAAGCUUCAAAGGGCAAUUAUUUUGCUUAAGAGCAGAUAUCACUUGAGUGCUGCAGAAAUAAAUAUUUUCCUCAUACAGUAUAUCUAAUUUUUGCAAUACAAAUCAAUCAAAAAUAGACAAGUAAAUUCAAUAUAUGAUGUUCCUGUAUUGACUUGACUCAUGGGUUCCUACAGGGCAUUAAUGGAAAAAUACCUGCUCAUCCUCACCCUCAGAUUUAUUAAAGAGCAUGUAUCACAUUCACAAUGGGUGUUUUAAAGUUAUUGUUUAUUUUGAAAUAUAAUUUAAUUGUAAUAUAUUUAAUUAAAAUGAAUUGAUUUGAUUA